CUAUAAAUUAACCAAUUAUAAAAUAUUUAUCAAUACCACAAAUUACCUUGCACAGAAAUAAUAGCAAUAAAUUAUUGUGCUGAACAUAUACUGGAUUCAAAUUUCGUUAGUUUCAACUCUAAAGUUACUUUCGGGCCAGAAAGACUGCUAACUCUACAAUGAGCAAACCACCACACAAUGACUCAUUGCCACAUUACAAAUUGGUUGUUGUUGGCGAUGGGGGCGUCGGUAAAUCAGCUCUAACGAUUCAGUUCUUUCAAAAAAUGUUUGUGACCGACUAUGACCCCACAAUAGAAGACUCGUACAUACAACAUUGCGAGGUGGAUGGCAUCUUGUGCGUCCUGGACGUGCUCGAUACUGCGGGUCAAGAAGAAUUUUCAGCCAUGCGUGAACAAUAUAUGAGAAAAGGGGACGGAUUUCUGCUAGUGUAUUCGGUGACAGACACUCAGAGCUUUGAAAACAUCACACAUUUCCACGUCCAAAUCAAUCGUGUCAAAGAUUGUGAUUCAUAUCCAAUGCUCCUUGUGGCAAACAAAGUUGAUUUAGUUCAUCUGCGAAAAGUAACAGAGGAACAGGGUCGUCAAUUAAGUCAAAAACUGGGUCUAUCAUAUUUGGAAACUAGUGCAAAGGACCCCCCCUUUCAGGUGGAUGCGUGUUUUCAUGAAGUCGUACGAAUCAUACGAAACUAUAAUGCAAAUGAACAUUUUGAUCGGAAAAAUCAAGCAAGUCGGAGAAAAAAUUGCUGCGUCAUGUAAAACAAACAAAUGAUAAGCUCAGGAAAUCCAUAAUACAUAUACAUUCAUAAAUAUAUAUGCAAAUGGCUGAUUGAGAAUCGAAAUAAUAUGCAAUUACUGCGACCCACGUCCUGAUAUUUGUAAUGAUGUUUACCUACAAAUAGUUUAUUAAGAAGGAACCCUAUGUUGGAGGUUAAUUGUGAUUUUGUUGGUUGUGCUUUUAUAGUGAAAUUAUCUGUUGUCGUCUGAAAUAUAAUUUUCACAAUUAUUAUAUUCCUACAAACAAUAUAAAACAAAGUUAGCCAAUCCAAUCAGACUUUUCUAUGCAAUUAAAAUACUCAGCAAACUUUAUUAUAAACCAAAUGAUUUUAUAAUUGGGCGAUAUCAACGAGUUGAAGGUGAAGCAUUCGGAAUUAUAAAAUAAUGUGCUUUACCAAUGUUAAAGUAUUUGUGUUACAUUUAGGAUUACCAAGAUUAUGCCAAAUGUGCAAAAAGUCAUUAUGAUUGUUAUUUGCUCUGUAGCUUGUUCUCUCUGUGAUGUUUUUUUAUAAAUCGUGCAAUAGAUUCAUUUUAUUUAUCCGCAUUUUAUAUGAUUUAUUUCUAUUUAUAAUCUCAAAUGUACAGCGGUCACCACAUAUAUUUCUCACCAAAUUGGUGGCAGCCACAAUUUCAUUAGUUUGAUUGAGACAAUUGUUUGUACAGGUUACUGACGCCUUAUUCAUUCGUGUACAGACAAAUUUGACGGUGAUUUGAGACAUAUGGCUAACACCUUGUUAAUAAUCAUAAUAAUAAUAAUACUGUUACUGGAGUGUUAGAAUAAUAAUUGUGGCUGUUCCAAAAACAUAUACAAUAUGGCUAAAAUACCCCGCAUUACUUACUUGUGAAUAAAAAGUGGAACCAAUUCAUUAUAAUGCAUUUAAGUUAUGUUUGUCUUUUGUAUUAAAUUAGAAUAUAUGUACUCAUGGCCUAUAUCAUUACAUAAAUAGAACAAUAAAGUUUAAUAUUAUAAUUGCUA